UUUUUUUGUGAAGAAAUGGCAUCCAGCAUUGGAAAUGAAAAGAGCGUGAAUCCUGUGCUCAGAAUAAGUCAACUUGAUGCUCUUGAACUAAACAAAGCCCUGGAACAACUAGUGUGGUCCCAGUUUACCAGCUGUUUUCAUGGAUUUAAACCAGGGGUGUUGGCUCAUUUGGAACCAGAAGUAAAAGCAUUUUUAUGGCUUGUAUUGUGGAGAUUCACUAUCUACUCCGAGAACGCAACUGUGGGACAGGCUAUUCUGAAUAUUCAGUAUAAGAAUAACUUAUCUCAGACAGAGAAAUACCAACCUCUGAGCAAACACCAGAAGUUAUGGUAUCUUAUUUUAACUGUUGGUGGAAGAUGGUUGGAAGAAAGAUGUUAUGAUUUAUUUAGCAAUCGUCAAAUGCAAUCUUUCUCUAAAAUUAAGACUUGUAUUAACUUUGGAGCUGGACUGCUUAAACUUUGUGGACUUCUAAAUUUUCUGAUUUUUCUUCAGAAAGGAACAUUUGCAACACUUACAGAACGCAUUCUAGGAAUUAGGUCAGUUUUUUGCAAGCCUCAAAGUGUUCGUCAGAUAGGAUUUGAAUACAUGAACAGGGAGCUGCUAUGGCAUGGCUUUGCUGAAUUUCUGAUCUAUCUGCUGCCACUUAUUAAUAUACAGAAAAUGAAACUAAAAAUUUCUUCUUGUUGUUCGCAUAUUGCAGGUAUUUCUAAUAGUAAAAACACAUUAACAGCUCACUGCAAAGAAUGUUCACUAUGUGGGGAAUGGCCUACCAUGCCUCAUACCAUAGGCUGUUCACAUGUUUUUUGUUACUACUGUAUUAAAAGCAACUAUUUAUUUGAUAUGUAUUUUACAUGCCCUAAAUGUGGCUCAGAGGUACAGAGUCUUCAGCCACUGAAAUAUAAAGUUGAAAUGACGGAAUUACAUGCCUGAUACGACGUUGAUUUGGUUUUACACUGUAUGUUAAAUGUUAUGUUGAAGAGAUUACUGGAAAAAUUCAGCACGUAUUGUAAACAGACAGCUUUAAAAUGGCUUUUGAGAGUCUUUAAUUUUUUACUGAGUA